UGUCCGGCAGCCGAGGAGACCCCGCGCAGUGCUGCCAACGCCCCGGCGGAGAAGCUGAGGUCAUCAUCGAAUCUGAAAUAUUUAAAGUGGAUACAAAACUGUUUCAGCAAUGCAGACAAUUAAGUGCGUUGUUGUGGGUGAUGGUGCUGUUGGUAAAACAUGUCUCCUGAUAUCCUACACAACAAACAAAUUUCCAUCUGAGUAUGUACCGACUGUUUUUGACAACUAUGCAGUCACAGUUAUGAUUGGUGGAGAGCCAUAUACUCUUGGACUUUUUGAUACUGCAGGGCAAGAGGAUUAUGAUAGAUUACGACCGCUGAGUUAUCCACAAACAGAUGUAUUUCUAGUCUGUUUUUCAGUGGUCUCUCCAUCCUCAUUUGAAAAUGUGAAAGAAAAGUGGGUGCCUGAGAUAACUCACCACUGUCCAAAGACUCCUUUCUUGCUUGUUGGGACCCAAAUUGAUCUCAGAGAUGACCCUUCUACUAUUGAGAAACUUGCCAAGAACAAACAGAAGCCUAUCACUCCAGAGACUGCUGAAAAGCUGGCCCGUGACCUGAAGGCUGUCAAAUAUGUGGAGUGUUCUGCACUCACGCAGAAAGGCCUAAAGAAUGUAUUUGACGAAGCAAUAUUGGCUGCCUUGGAGCCCCCAGAACCGAAGAAGAGCCGCAGGUGUGUGCUGCUAUGAACAUCUCUCCAGAGCCCUUUCUGCACAGCUGGUGUCGGCAUCAUACUAAAAGCAAUGUUUAAAUCAAACUAAAGAUUAAAGAUUAAAAUUCGUUUUGCAAUAAUGACAAAUGCCCUGCACCCACCCACAUGCACCCAUGUGAGAUAAGGCCCAUAAUGGCCCCGCCCCCUCCUCAGUACUAGUUAAUUUUAAGUAAUUGUGUAUUGUCGGAAAAGUAAUCAUCACUAGUUUUGUUUUGUCUUUUAAAAAAAAAAAUUUUUUUUGUGUUUGUUUAAAAGUGAGCCUUGCUUUAGAUUACUCUGUAACAGACUAAUUCGGAUUGUUGAAGCUGCUCCCGGGUUCCACUCAGAAGAGUAAUCUGGGAUAUCUAGGUUUUUCCCCCUUUUUUCCUUUUUUUUGGGGGUGGGGGAGUGUGUGUGGGUUUGUUUUUAUUUAGUCAUUUUUAUUUUAAUUCAUUAACUUGGAUAGCCCUUAAGGAAAUGAGGAUGGAGUCCACAUUCCACUUCCUAGAUCUAGUUUAGAAAACAUGUUCCCCACCUGGUGCUCUUAGGAAGGAGUUGAGUGAAAUGCCUCAUUUAAUAACAGACUCCUUUUUGAAAGUUGCCUUUUCUCUCCACCCUUGAGUAGAUCAGUAUUUGAUGAAACUCUUGAAAGUGGACAGAAUCUGUCUUGCCCCUCCUCUUUUCUAGGAUGCACUAUACAUGUGACUGUGACUUUCAAGGAAAUUUGUAUGCCAUUAGAUUUUUUUUUUUUGAAGUUAAUUUCCAACUUCUUUCACUGAUAAAUGAAGAAAAGUAUUGCACCUUUUGAAAUAUACCAAAUGAAUUGAGUAAAUAAUUAAAAAAAAAUACCCCCCCCUCCACCGUCAGUCAUUGUCUCACAUGCUUAGCAUAGACAUUCAGCUUAACGUGUGUGUGCUAUUCCUAGCUGAACACAGCUGAAGACCUGGUAUGUAGAGGAAAUAUGAGGGGUGGUGCUAGAAGACAGAGGUCUGUGGAAUGAUUCACAUCCUCUUCCAGGUUACGAGGAUGGAGACUGCUUCAUUAAGAAGCUGGGGAUGGGGUGGGGGUGGGGAGAACAUUUAACAACAUGGGGACCAGUCAGGGGACUCCCCUUAUUUCUGUUUUGUGUGUAAGGAACCCUAGAGCAACCAGUUGAGGCGCUCUAGUUUAAUGAAAAACCAUGGGGAGAGUCUUAAUAAAGACUCUUAAUUAAGUGUUAAUAGCGAUUUUAUCAGCUUAUUUUGGUUGCAAUUUUUAAAAAUGUCUAGGUAAUCUUUUCUACCUUCCCCAAAUCCCAAGUCUGUAGAUUCAUUAGUGUUGAACCAAUGCUUUCUUGUGUCUCGUUUCUUUGUAUAUUCAUUCUUUGAAGAUGUAUUAAACAAACAAAAAACCCUUCA